AUGGCCUGGGAGGCCACGCACCUGCUGCCCUUUGUCCUGCUGGUGUUCCUGGCCUCAGGCUCCUGGGAGCAGCAGGUGCGGAAACUGGAAGGGGAGGAACUCUCCGUAACGUGCCAGUAUCCACCCCAGAAAAGUUCCAAGACGAAAACUUGGUGCAGAAUAACACCAGAAGAAACUUGUGACUUAUUAGUCACCCAUUCCAGGCCCUGGGGCCAGCCUGGAGACUCGAGAUACGUCAUCAGAGAUUACCCCCGAUUGGGGUCCUUCACCGUCACCAUGGCUGCGCUCAGACGGAAGGACUCGGGUUUGUAUUGGUGUGGAACCUUAGAAUCUUCCAGGGUCAUUUUUCUCAGAGCCAUCCGUCUGGUGGUAUCUCCGGCUCCAACCCAGCCCACCACCAGGACCAUCGGGACCACCGGGACCUUUGCCAACAGCCCUGUCAGUGACAGUGACAGCUUCCCAGACCACUCGAAGGUCAUCCUCAGCGCGAUGGUGGUGCUCCCGCUGCUGCUGGCGCUCACCCUCCUGGUGAUCCUGUACUUUGCCAUCAAAGCCCGGCAGCGGCGCCGAGCCAGGGCAGGUGAGGGCAAAGCCCACCACAUCCAUGACAUUUCCACCCAUGAGGAUGAAACUGUGCUUCGGACAGACCCCCCCGCACGUCAGAGGGACUCUCAGUUUUCCUGGGGCUCCGAUCAGCAGAUAGGCUCUGGCAAGGACACUGGGGACAUCCACUAUGCCUCAUUCACCCACCUGGAGCCUUUAGGCCUGGAGAACCCCAUCUACAUCAACACCCAUCCCGGCCCGAAGCCCAUACAUGACCCAUUUCUGGAUGUGGAAUAUGCCAGCAUCACUAAAAACUGA